AUGUGCGCGGAACAGGCUUUGGCCUCAUGGGGUGACUUGCAACCUCUGCGCUCAAAGAUGUCCCAGAAGACGCAAUCAACCGCUCUUCGGCCGAACGGUGCUCGAGCUAAAGUUCCCGAUGCUAGCAGGAAGAGCAAGGUCGAAGACAGCGCCGGAAGCAAAGUCCGCAGCGUAAGCAGGGACAACAAGGCCUCCAGUCGUCGUGAGAGCGUCAAGCCUGCCAUCCAAAACGUGAGCAAGAGAAGCUCAAGCCAGCACGAGAGCAGGAAAGCACCGGCUUCUCAAGAGACCAGCAAGAAGGUACCCGGCCAUCGGGAUGCCAGGUCCACGUCGAGGCAGCCAGAAGUCAGAAAGUCGAACCUCCGACCCGAUAGCAAGGCGGUGCCGAGUGGACUCGACGGUAAGGCAACCGUGGCCAAUUCGAAGACUUCGUCGCGUCCAGCGUCGAAGAACAGAGAAGCCCUUACGCCGCAAGUGCCAAAUGCUGGUGUGAAGUCACCGAGCCGGGGAAGUAAGAUUUCGGCCGAAUCGAGUGGUCAGAGACUUUCGCGAAGUAACGACAAAGAACGACAGUUGAAAAAAGUCGCGGCGACGUCAUCGCCGGGUGGUGUCUCGGAAAAAUGGCCCAAGACAACACAGCGCACAAAGACAAAGGCAACAGAAGAGGCUCCUCGUGGCAGCGGUGUGGCUAAGCCAAGUAACCAUGCUGAGUCACAAGGUUCAUCGCCAGCGGCAACCGGCACAACACGGUCCUCGCACGUCGGCAAAGCUGAAAAAGCAGAGGAACACAAGAAAGAACACAGGAGUCCCUACGACAAGGCGGGCACAUCCCACAAGACGUCAAAAGCUGCGCCACAAAACGAUGCUGUUUCGGAGAAGAGCAAGGACAGCCAGCCUCGGCCACCGACCACUACGGUAUCUAAAAAACAUUCAGCGGUCACGAGGCAAGGCACCUAUUCCAAGGAGAAGUUUCAACAGUGUUCAGUCACGUCCUUCAGCCACAGCGACUCUAUUUUUCAGAUUAUACCAGAUUCCUCGAAGACAGAAACUUCCAGGACGAGGCAUUCUUCUGUCGUGGACGACAACUACGACGAUGAUUUUGAGGAUUACGAGUCUGACUUUGAGAAUGACGAUGACGUUGAUGACGAGAGCAGUCCGAGCAGUGCCUUCAGGGACAGCAGCAGCAGCAGCAGCAGCAGCAGCAGCAGCAGCGACAUCGCCUCCGCAAGUGGAAACAAUGAGGUGCCCUCCGGCAAGGAAGCACUCCAACCGACAAGCGACCUACUGCUGGCGAAGGAGUACAGCGUGGUCAAUACGGAGCGGAAUCUGAAGUCCCAGUGGAAAUCCGAGCCCGUCCUCGAGGUGGAAGCGAAGCCUCCCGCCCCGUUGAUGCCAACGUCCUUCUCGACGUACAGCCUGGUCAGCUACCUGACGGCGCAGAGGAAGGAGCAAGAGAAGAAAGUGCUCAGCAAAGCUCAACAGCGGGCUAAGGACGUCUUGGAGAUGGUCUCCCUGGACACCAUGACGUACCAGGUGUUCGACGUUCCACCAAUCACCUACGACGUUUACAUCUCCACAUUUGGCCGGGCUGACGCAAAACAGGUGUUGAUCCAAACUGAUUUAGGUGAUGAAGAAGAGUGCCAAACUGAGACCAUCGAAUAUGACGACAGAUGGACUCAGCAGCCUCCUCACGACUACAAGGGUUUCGGCGGAGGAAAAGCAGAUGACACACCAAUAGACAGUGGUACUCGGCACUUGCAGAGUGGCGAAGACAUGAUGAACCUUUUGGACUUUCUCAGGAACUCUUCGGAUCUGAUGCUUCGCGUUAUGGAGGAAGACAGGGCCUGUGAAACCCGGCGAAACCUGAAGCGUGUGUCCGAAGUGGACGGCUUCAGCGAUGGUUUCUUGCAGCUGGAUCCCCUCCGCUUUGCCAAAGGCUGUCCGAUCAACUGCGUUCGCUUCUCACGACCAUGUCCAAACUACCUGGUCACAAGCCACGACCUCACGUCCCUGCCUGAAGAGGCCCGUGCAAGCGCACCUGGCGACACAGUCCUCUGCGUAUGGAACCUCAACAGCCCUGCUACACCGACAGACGUCCUCGUAUCUAACUGCCGGCUGACCUGCUGCCAGUGGUCGCCUCUUGAUGCCACGUCCCUUAUCACUGGAUCGCUGGACGGCUCGAUCGAAUUGUGGGACUUAAGGGACAAGUUCUGCCUUUCUAAGGACUGUGUCACCGAAGCAGAUGGCUCAGAAUCUCUAGGGGACCCCAUGAAGAUGCCCGUGUAUUCUACAGCAUCCCUCUUUGAUACGGACUGCCACUUCGCCAAGAUCGUGGAUAUCUGCUGCUGGACACAGAAAGAACUGUUCGUAACAGUGCUAUACUUGAUUAUUGAUCCCUUGCACGACUUCACAUCCAUGCUGAACCAGCUGAUGGUUUUUCACGCAGCGCACAAGUCUCUUGCACUUUGCUUCCACCGAAAUGUGAUACCACGGCCGUUGUCAUACUCAACGCCAUCGAUCGGGUCCACAACCACUGCGUUAUCGCGGGUGACACCACAAAACCGCAAUGUUCUCCAUGCAGUUUCCUCCGAGGACGGCUACAACGUUUGGAGCCUGGACGAAGAAGGCACUCUUGUCUCUUGGGCUGUGGCUGCGGUCAGGAGCGAGCCCGAGGGAUCGCUCUCUGACUUGGGACUCGCACCCGGGGCCACGCUCAGACUCGUGCGUGCGGCGGUGUUCCGGGUGCCGAAUUUCCUGCCACCGUCGUACGAGGAGGCACGCGACGGCCUGAGGACCUUCGGAGCGGCUCAGCUGAGCGCCACGCGCGUUCUGGUUACCACGGACAUUGGAGUGGUCGUUCACGUGGACUUGUACAAGGCGAGGACGUCACCGAAGGUGUUUAAGCCAAAGCAGCAUCCUUUGGUGGCCCAGGAGUGCUGCAUUGCAUUGUCGCCGCAUCACCGGUCUUUCUUUCUCGUGGCCGGCAAGAAUGGUGCUCUGAGGCUGCAUUUUCUCGAAUACGAGCAAGCCGUGUGGGAGUGGGAACCAUUAGAGAGGACGGAAACUCGAGCGCUCCUCUGGAGCCCUUGCACCCCGACGCAGUUCUACGUCACCACCGCGGCUGGAGAGGUGGCCACCUGGGAAUUUUCGACGAGGAUCGACGCUCCCACACGGCUCGCCACGUUUUCUCCUUCCAGAGUGUCGGCAAUGGACGCGGAUGGAACGGCUUCGUCGGCGACAUCCGAGCAUUGCUUGGCGUUGGCCAUGGACGAUGGUGUAGUGCAGGUGCAUCUCAUGGAUCCCUCUGACAGCAGCCACCAGCCGAGUCGCGAGCAGAUCCAGGAGAAGCUACUGACCCUGUAGGAAUUAAUAAAACAUGUUUUCAGCUUCAACGCA